GCGGCCGGGACGCGGCGCGGCUUCUCGCGCGUGGAGUCCGGAGGCGGGAGUAGCAUGUUACCGCCAAAGGAUGCCCACUCCGAUAUAGUGUGGGUCUGUAGCGAGACGCCUCACGGCCCAACGGUUCCCGCUCUACGCCGCGAACGCUAAACUUUUUUCAGCGAAAACGCGGCCUGUACGGAUAACGGAGUUACGGGAGAUAUCAUAUAAUAUGCAUCAGCGAUUCAGUUUCUGGAUUCAUGCUGCUGUUCUACGUAGUGCUAGUGAAGUGCUAAAAUUUCUUAUCGGAAAAGAUAAACUUUUUUGCACUGAAACUUUUUUUAAUUAGUGUUUUUUAUAUUAUCGGUGCUUAGCUUGGAUUGUUUUUUUAAAGACUUGUGAAAAGACGUUUUGUGUGUUUGGUAUGUGUUGAAUGUUCUGUAGAUAAUUGUAACAGUAAAGAUGAGGAAGAAAAAUCAAGCGGUAACGUCGGAAAAACCGAACAGAAAACGAAGGCCAUUGCGAGAAAAGACAACGAAGCUAGCAAGAGUUGCCAGAGAAGAAGCAAGACCGAGGCAGUCUUCAAAAAAUAAUACUAUAACUUUUAUCCAUGGGGGUUGCGAAAAGUCGUCUUGUGGAGAAGAGACUGCUUGCGUCCCAUAUAACGCCACAUCAUACUAUUGUGUGUGCACUUCCAGUGGUGAUCCUGUAAAAGAAGGUGCUAAAUGCCCCCGGAGUACAGUGUCCAGCCUCUCCAAUCCAGUGCCAGACCUCUCUAUGCAUGGUCUUCGGCAACGUAACAAACUAGUGAAUGGCGAAUGGACUCUCGAGUCCAGUCGCUCCAAUCCAGCUCCUGACCUCUCUAUGCCUAGUCUUCGGCAACGUAACAGACUAGUCAAUGGUGGAUGGACUCUCGUCACUUACAUCCACGGAAGUUGCGAGAAGUCGUCGUGUGGACAGGAGGCUGCGUGCGUGCCAUAUAAUGCCACCUUAUACUAUUGUGUGUGCACCUCCAAUGGUGAGCCUGCGAAAGAAGGUGCCAUUUGCCCCAGGAGUACAGUACCACUAUUGCCUAAAGCCAUCCACAAUGUGAUACCACCGCGUCAGGCGAACGCGACAGCUGAGCCGCGGGAAGCGUCGUUGUCACCGCCCACCGCACAGGUGUCGAGAACAAGUAGUGAAGUUUUCACGGAGGCAACGGCGAGAACUGAAACAAUAGCUCCAGGAUCAAGUCCGUAUACAAUUGCGAGUGCGCCCGUGCUCAUAGGCAUUUUGGCAGGUUUCGGAAUGCUAUUGGUAUUAGUGACACUCAUCCUAAUCUACCUCAGAAAACGUAUUUGUAACGUCGAUAGAAAAGUCAAACCGCGUGCACGGCCAGGAGAACCUCUGCUUGCUGAACGGUAUAUAACGAACCCGCAGUACGGCGUGUGCGGCGCAGGCAACUUGGCAACACCGAUGGUCGUGCCAGGGACACCGGCACCUCCCCAAGCGAACAAAGGCCACGAACAUGAAGUUACGCUUUUAGAGAGAAGCACCCUCACGUUCUUGGAGGAGGUUGGAGAAGGCUGCUUUGGAAAAGUUUAUAAAGGUGUUCUCAGGGGAAUCAGCGCAGAAGAAAUUGUUGCUAUCAAAGUUUUAAAAGAGAUAGCAGGCCGAAGUGCUGAGCAAGACUUUAUGAGAGAAGUUAAUAUAAUGUCAGCAUUCCGACAUCCCAACAUUUUAUCUCUUAUUGGAGUUGUGUAUAAAGAUGAUACGAAUGUGAGCCCAUGGAUGGUCUUCGAGUACAUGAAAUGGGGAGACUUAGCAGGUGUCCUGAGAGGUUCCCGUGGUGGAAGUAGGGAGCAACCAACACUAGACGAGGCAGCUUUACUUCAUGUAGCACUCCAGGUGGCACGGGGCAUGCAGUAUCUAGCUUCCAAGCGUUUCGUCCAUAGAGAUCUCGCUGCAAGAAAUUGUCUUGUCGGAGCCAAUUUAGCAGUGAAAAUUGCAGACUUUGGAAUGUCUCGAGAUGUUUACACUUGUGAUUACUAUAAGAUGGGUGGUGAACGACCGAUGCCAGUUCGUUGGAUGCCUCCGGAGAGCAUUGUGUAUGCUCGAUUUACACACGAGUCUGAUGUUUGGUCGUACGGAGUAGUGCUUUGGGAAAUAUACAGCCGGGGAAAGCAACCUUUUUAUGGGUGUAACAAUUAUGGAGCUACCAAAAAAAUCUUGCGGGGCAUUCUGUUAGUACCGCCCGAAGACUGUCCUCGAUUUGCAUGUGAAUUAAUGCGUGCAUGUUGGGCUAUAGAUCCCAGGGAUAGAAUAGGAUUUGAUGAAAUAUGUAGAAAAUUAGAAUUCGCUCAAGCUGAAGGAGGUUCUGGUACACAAAUAAGGUUACCUCGACCGCCGAUUGCCCCGUUAGAUUCAGCUGGCUACUUAGUUCCAAAUACCCCACCAUCAGUUGAUUAUUUAAAACCGCUGCCGGACCAAGACCCGGAAUCUGAUUUUAGUGAUGAUGACGACGACGAGGAGUACACUUGAUGUCAAGUCCCAGCGCCAUUUUCGCGUUACGUGCCGCGCAUUUCGCCUGCUGCUAGCUCGACUCCGAUGACAUUCCCACCGCGCAUGAAUAAUUAACGGUUUGAUUGUUAAAAUAAUCGCGGAAUGGUGACUUAAGGAUCAGAAAAUGAAAAACGAAAGUUUUGAUACAUCGAAAUAAUUAUGUAAAGUUGUAUACAUAAUACUCAACUAAUUAGUGUGAUAUUUCUUUUGUAACAAGGCGUGUUGAAUAUUUAUGAAUGUAUAGAGUACCUAAUAAUAAACUUAUAAUGUUUUUUUUAAUUAUGAUAUGAUGUAUUAAGUGUACUAGUAGUAAAAAUGAACAUGUUUUUAAACAAUAUUGUGCCAUUUAUAUAAACCAAAAAUAUAUGUGAUAAAUCAUAUAGAUAAUAUAAUGUUUUUGUGUAUGGAAUAUUAGUCUAUUAGCUUAGCUGGGAAGGAUGUUCUGAUGUACAGAAGAAUAAUUAACAAUCUACUUCAUAUUAUAAGUUUAAUGCACAUUAUGAAAAUUCUACAUAAAAUAUACUAGGUGAAAUUAAACAUAUGGGCUUAAUAAUUUUAUUCAAUCGUACGUAGUUUAUGUUGUAUCUAAGUGGGUACGUUACUAUAUAUCCCUUUGUGCCAUCUUGCUGUAAAUUCCCUACCAGGACUAGACUGAAAGACAGUGUUACUAUUUUAUUAAAAAGAAAUAACAGUUUGCAGGAUAUGUUGGAUAUGCAUUUAACUCUCAUUUAGGCGCGCAGGGUGACUUAGAAACUACACGAUGGGGCCGUUUGUGAAUAAGUAAUUUAAUUAUUUAGGAAAUAUUGUGCUUAAAGAAACAAAUUGUACAUACAUAUUUAUGUACAUAAGGAGUAUAUACAUAUACUCCCUACUGUAGUCAAUUUCAAAAUAAUAAUUAUUAUUUGAUCUGUUCUAUUAAGCUAAUAGAAAUUAAUUUGAAACUUAUGUACCUACCUAAAUGUACUUUAAAAACUGUAAAAAAACAUGUUAAU